CAGCUGGUUUGCCCUCUUUCCCUAGUAGUACUAUUGGAUUUUUCAACUAUAUAUAUAUUUAUAUCUAUAUUCAUAUUUAUAAUUGACUUAGCUGGUAUUUUCUAGAAUCAAUACGCAAUGCUGAACCUCCGCUCCCUUUUCGCCGCGGCCCUCUAUCUGUACAUGGUCGAAGCAUCGCCACAGAACCGCAAUGGCAGGAACGGAAAUGGACGCGGCAGCCAGCAGCGCUUGACGGCGCAGGAGCAGGCCGAUCAGAUACCGCAGGGAAUUUCGACAGCUACAGACGGUAGCACGAUCCUGGAUACCACGGCGCGGGUGAAUGGCCAAAACGUUCGGUUCAAAGUCUCGGCGCCCGCCGACCAAUUCACAACAGACACAGGCAUAACAGGGUCGACGCAGACAGCGGGCGCAGCGGGCACCCUGGGCAUAAAUGUCCUGCUGCACGGCGACGGCGGCCAGUCCUUCUUCGACUUCCCGAACCAAGCAGUGCAGAACAACUUGGCGGGGGUGGCCGUCCUGGCUCCGGACCCGAAUCUCUUCUGGGGCGGCGGCAGCGGCUUAGAGCGCACGGACGGCGUCGCGCACGCGCAGAUCGUCAACGAUCUCAUCAAGGAGAUCCUCCCGCAGGUCCUCGCGUUCGACGGCGACAGCGUCAGUUUCACGGGCGUCAGCGGGGGCUCGCUUCUGCUCUCGGGCUUCUUCAUGCCUGCGUUCAUGCAGAACUUCGCGUCGCCGGCGGCCGGUACCGCUGGUCUGGCGGGCGCCCGUGCGCGCAGCCGUUUCGCACUCGUUCAGUCCGCGAAAAGGGCGACGCAGACGACGACGGGCCAGAAGACGAGCCAGGUACUCCUCAACUGCGGCGCUCUGGCGCCCCAGGUCAGCAUGUCCGAGGACGCUGUCGCCGCGCUGGCCAACACGCGCAUCCACUUCCAGUCGACGCAGGCCGAGCUGGCGGAGCUGCAGACGUCGAUUCCCGAGGCCAUCGUGGCGUACGAGCAGGCCGUGUCCGACGCAGGUCUCGCAACGCAGCAGAUCGCUGCGCUCCAGACCGUCGAUAACUCUCCCAAUGGCGGGCACUGCGAGUUUGACGAGGAAGGUUUCGUAUCCGGCGUGCAGCUCAUGGCGGAUUCGUUCGCGGCUGUCGUGCAGGGUGGCGACGGAGUUCUUGCUGGCACCAACUUGAACGUGUUGAACCCCGUGCCAGGAAACGAGCAGCUUAGUUUUUCAGGAGCAUCAUGAAUAAAGGAAAUGACGGCGACCGGAUAGGUCCCGAUGAAGACCUUGACGCAUACCUGCAUUAGAAUCGUUACACUAGCCAGCUCUGCGUUCUGUCCAUGCGUCAGAGUGGAAUCGAGUAACGAGCAUUGUCUGGGACGUCAUUCUUCUUGUGUAAUUCAUAUCACCUGAGAAGAAGGCGCAUGACUUUGGCAUCCUCGAUUUUGUUGUAGUAAAGUUGUUUGCACAAUGAGGUGUUGCUGGGCCGAGUUGUAAUUAAUAACAACAAGCGUCAAAGAAGGUCAUGGUAGACAGGCCGGUAUAUAAUGAUAAUGAAU